AUACCCCACCAUCAGACAGCUGAAGGACUCGUAAAAGAGCUGACAAGGGUCAGUGAAAGAGCUGAAGAAAUCCACUCGCCCAGACAAUCACCAUCCAUCACUGAAGCUGCAAAAUAAAUUGAAGAUAUUGUGGUGCUCUUCGGUGGUCUGACACCCAUGAGAAAGAAGACCUAUCAGCUCUAAUCUUUGAAAGGAUUUAAUAACUAAACCGUUUAAACUCCAACCAAAAUGAAGGCAUUCAGCAUUGCAGUUGCAGUGACACUCGUGCUCGCCUUCAUUUGCAUUGUGGAGAGCUCAGCUUUCCCAUUCACCGGGGUGCAAGAGCCGGAGGAGGCAGGGAGCAAUGACACUCCAGUUGCGGCACAUCAAGAGAUGUCAAUGGAAUCAUGGAUGAUGCCAAAUCACAUCAGGCAAAAGCGUCACGGCGUCAUCCACAUGUGCCACUGGUGCUGCAACUGCUGCAAGGGCAAGAAGGGCUGCAGAUUCUGCUGCAUGUCCUGAAGAUUCCAGCAACGACCACCAAAUAUUAAUUUAUGACUCUUUUUACCUUUUCCCUCAAGACAUGGCCUUUUUCUUCACUUCUGUCUCCAAAGCAUUUGUAAAGAUUUAGUAUCACUCUAAAAGGUAUGAUUCAAGGAAGAGCACUGACAAAUGAAGAGCUACUCCUCUGUAUUUAUUUUCUGUUUUAACAUUUAACACUUUUUGUAAGCUCAAUGAUAUCUAAAUUUCGUUUUUUUAAGAAUCAGUCAGAUACGACUGUUGUUUGCCAUUGAAAAUGAGUCAAAAAAUAUUUGUUGUGUAAUAAAUAUCUAACAUUUGAA